AUGUUAGCCAGGAUAACAACCCCAAUGGUGAUGACGAAGGAGAAGAUAAUAUUGUGCACCUGCCCUCAUAUAUCCAAUUGAAUCCACCUCUAGUACCUUCUGUAGUCCCUGUCCUGAAAGUUCUCCCGAAGUCUCAACAACCAAGACCUACCAUAACUGAAGUAUUCGACGCCUACUAUGACGAAUCCACAGAAGAACCCCUUGAAAGUAUUGCCUUCGGCUCUAAGGAAGAAGAACAAGAAACUGAAUUGGAAGUUCUUCUUCAAAAGCUCGUCACCGAAUGUGAAGCUGUGACAAAGAAAGAAGCUGAAGAAAAAAAUAACUACUUACCCGACGAUCGUAUAAAGGUUGCCAGAAUAGGAGGCACUGAAGAAACAUACCCAGUUGGACCUUACUGCGAAGAAGUUGAAGUUAAGGAGGUUAAAGAAAAGAAAGAAAUCGAAGUCGAAAAGGAAGAGGCUGGAGUUGAAAAGGACGAAGAAAAAGAAGUUGAAGUUAAAAGAGAAGAAAAGGAAGAAACUAAAGAAGAAAAAAAAGAAAAGUAUAAGGAAAAUGUACUCGCGAGAAUCGGAAAAAUCGUAGUAUGGGAAUGGUGUUGGAAACAUGCGGAAGACGGCGAUUCGAAAGAACAAUUCGAUCCUGUAGAAAAGGAUUUGGAAAAAGCUAAUGAAAAGUGGAAGAAAAAAGUUAGAGUAUUUUUAGGCGAGAACGAGGGUGAUUUCGAUGAAAAUAAGAGGGAAGAAUUCGUACCACCUCGAGUUCCGACAUUCGACGCUGCCCCUGGUCAAGUUGUAGAAG